AUGUCAGCUACGACCAACGAAUGUAAAAGUUUUUUAGCAGCAGAAGGACAAUAUACACUUAAAGAAGACAUUAUAGUAGAUACUGGUACUCCAAAUCUAGCAAAUGGAACGCUAGUAUCGAUAGUUUCGGUUAAAUAUAAAGAUUACAAUCUUUCUAAACAAAAAGAUGAUGAUACGUUUUCAUUUUUUGGUCCUGUAAUGAAGCGAAAGAAACAAAAAAACAAUAUCACAAAAACAACUUCAUCAUUUGUUGCCAAGAUUCAUCAAAAUGAUAAUCUAACUAAAGUUUUGGCAAAUCGUCAAAACGAAGAUACUUAUCUAUUUUUUAAUUCUGGGAAAACUUUUUGUUGGUCAGAUUUAGCGAACAAGCCAAAGGAAACGCUGUCAAGAAUUACUUUUACAAAAGCACAUCCUAUUUGUCAUGAUGUUAACCAACUUACAAGAUCUUGUGAUCAUUUAGAUGUUAUAAUUGGAUUUUCUUCUGGUGAUGGAGUUAUAAAUAAUUCAGCUGUUACUAUGGUGAAAUGGAUGCCAGGUUCAGAAAGUUCAUUUAUGGCAUCAUUUCAUGAUGGGUCCAUAAUUAUAUUUGAUAAAGAAAGAGAUGAUCAAACGUUUGCAUUUUCACCUGAUUGCCACCACGUGGCAACUGUUUCUGUUGAUGGUUAUCUAAGAAUUAUCGACUAUAUAAAAGAGGAGUUAUCAGAUACGUAUCCUAGUUAUUUCGGUGGAUUUUCAUGUGUGUGUUGGAGUCCUGAUGGAAAAUAUGUGUUAACUGGAGGACAAGAUGAUUUGGUCACGAUAUGGGCGUUUCGUGAACAUCGUAUUGUAGCAAGAUGUCAAGGUCAUCAGUCAUGGGUAACUGGUGUGUCAUUUGAUCCUUGGAGAUGUGAUGAAAGUAAUUAUAGAUUUGGAUCAGUUGGCGAAGAUACCAAAUUAUUAUUAUGGGAUUUCAGUGUAAAUACAUUACAUAGGCCUAAAGGCGUGAUUGCUAUACUACAACCUGUAAUGGUCAAGUCAAUUGAUUCAGAACCGUUAUGUUCGAUAACAUUUCGUGAAGAUUCAGUUAUAACGACGUGUAGAAAGGGCCAUAUAAAAAUAUGGUCAAGACCUUCUAUUUUGUCAUCGCCUUCAUCAUGA